AUGGCAAACUCCAACGUUCCGCUAAACCCUACCUUCGUGGGACACGUUGCCUCUACUCUGGAUGCUUUGGUCCUCUUCGAAGCUUGCCUCACUAGCGCCUUGCAUCAUGUGCCCAGAAGACCACACGACCGUGAGAGACAAGACCUCAUAAAGAGCGGUAAUGUCUUCAUUUACGAGGAGCACUCGUCUGGCAUCAAGCGCUGGACCGACGGUGUCGCAUGGAGUCCCAGUCGCAUCUUGGGCAACUUCCUCAUCUACCGAGAGCUUGACAGACCAUUCCCACCCGGCGAGAAAAAACGUGCCAUGAAGCGGAACAAGAAGACUACCGGCGUCACCAAGCCCGAGGUUCCUAGGCAAAACAGCGUCAACGGCGCAGGCGCUAACAUGGCUGGCAUGGGCGACGCCUCUCCCAGUAAAGACGCCGAGAGAGCACUCAUCGGCUCUUUGGUAGAUUCCUACCCCUUCAAGGAAAAUGGUCUAGUCAAGAAAACCAUCAGCGUCACCUACCAAGGGGUCCCUCACCACCUCGUGUCUUACUACAACGUCGAAGAUGUCACGGACGGCAAACUUCUUACCCCAUCAAAGGACCAUCAGUUAUCCACCAUUAUUCCACGAGGCGAACUGAUCAUGUCGCAAAACUUCCGAGCCCCCAUUGACGAGGUGGAAAUGGACGACCAACGCGGUCCACACGGCAGUCUCUUCGCCCACAACUAUCCCAUCAACGGCCAUCAUCAGAACAUCUCGCGCGCCAUGUCGGUACCCUCCCUUCCCCAUCACAUGGGCGCCAUACCCCCUCAGUUCGCCCAGAAUCACUACAUGCCGCAGUAUCUUUCGGUGCAGGGUCCCGUCAGCAGCGUCAGUUAUGCGCCGCCCCAACACCACGCAUACACGUACGACAGUAUGGGGAGGUCCACCAGGUAUCCCUCAACUGCCGGCCUGGCCUCUGACAUGUCACGAUCAAUGGCAUUAGAGCCCCAACACCCACGCCGCCACUCGACAGCGUACGAACCCACCUCCGCCCCGGAUAUGAGCUUAAGCGGCAGUCUACCUGCCGUCCACGACCCGUCGAGAUACAUCGGCGGAAACUAUAUGACGCCGAUGCUCUCGUCACAACAGCGAGUUUCCGACAUGUCACCACACGAGGCAUUUCCCGCCCAGUCUCCAAGGAACGUGCACGGCGAGUCGGGUUUGAGCGGUGACAGAACGCAGAACAUGACCUUCGACGGCCUCAGCCGCGAGUGGCCAAAUCCGGGAUUCGACCAGCUCGAUGACGACCAGAACCCGUAUAUGCCGCCAGGGAACUCAGGAUGGGGCGGAGGGAACAACAGCAGGACCUGA